AUGCUUGCAUCUUCCAGUACUGAAUUGCAGGACAUGAUAACUAUCUUCAAUGGUGAGCUUGAGGUGAAGUAUGAAUGCAAGCAAUACGUAGGUUAUAGUGUUGGAAAGCGCGGAAGUGAUGACUGUAUGUGUAAAGACUGGAGUGAAGUGAAUGAGUUCAUUUAUCUAGGAAGUAUAUUAACAAGUUAUGGAAACUCAGUAAACAAUGCCCUGCAUUCCCUUGUGAAUAGUAAGAACGGCUCAUUAAACGCACGUCUGGCAGCUCAUGCAAAAACUCUAAUGUAUGGCAGAAUUGAGUGA